UUUUUAAAGGUGCUAGCAGAGUACCUGGGAAGAAACCAGAUGCCCCUUCUUUCGCAGUUGGAGCACUGCUGCUGUUGCUUCCUGUGCUACCUGGAAAGGCUGAUAGAAAGGGAAAGGAGUUAAGGAUCAGACCUGGCAGGAAGAUUGCUUAGAAGACUAGGGAGACAGGAAGUAGAUGAAUUCUGAAGUCAUACUGGCUUGAAAAUUGAAUUGAAAACAAGCUAAGUUACUUUCAACUAUUUGUGAAAUAGCUUUAUAUAUUUCUAAGUCACUCCAGCUUGGACUAAAAAAAAAUCCUGCCACUUCUAAAAACAAAGUUUAUAUUUAACACAAGAUAGGAAAAUGGUUUUUAAGUACUGAAUUUUUUUAUGGAGAAAUACUUUAUUGUGAGGAGCUAUGCAUUCUGAUAGCAUGUUUUUCUGUAACACUUUAUUCAGUUAUUUAGACAAAAUCCUUAUUGAAUGUCAGUUAUACAUAUGUGCUCAAUCAGCAUAAACUUGCUUUCUGCUUCCAGAGACAAUGGACCUCAAAUAGCUUAUGUUCGUGAUUUCAAAGCAAAGGUCCAGUAUUUCCGAUUUUGGUGUCAGCAACUGGCUAUGCCACAGCAUAUAAAAAUAACAGUGAGCAGGAAGACAUUGUUUGAAGAUUCAUUUCAGCAGAUAAUGAGCCUCAGCGCUGUGGACCUACGAAGACGCUUGUGGGUAAUUUUCCCAGGAGAAGAAGGCUUAGAUUAUGGAGGCGUUGCACGGGAAUGGUUCUUUCUAUUGUCGCAUGAAGUGCUGAAUCCAAUGUAUUGCCUGUUUGAAUAUGCAGGGAAGGAUAACUACUGCCUACAGAUAAACCCAGCUUCUUACAUCAAUCCAGACCAUCUGAAAUACUUCCGCUUUAUUGGUAGAUUUAUUGCCAUGGCAUUGUUCCACGGAAAAUUUAUAGACACAGGUUUCUCUCUACCAUUCUACAAACGUAUCCUCAACAAGCCAGUUGGACUAAAAGACUUGGAAUCUGUAGAUCCUGAGUUCUAUAAUUCCCUCAUCUGGGUUAAGGAAAACAAUAUUGAAGAAUGUGGCCUAGAAAUGUAUUUCUCAGUUGAUAAAGAAAUUCUAGGUGAAAUAAAGAGCCAUGACUUGAAACUCAAUGGCAGCAAUAUCCUUGUUACUGAAGAAAACAAAGAAGAAUAUAUCAAGCUGGUGGCAGAAUGGAGGCUUUCCCGGGGUGUUGAAGAGCAGACACAAGCUUUCUUCGAAGGAUUCAAUGAGAUUCUUUCACAGCAGUACUUACAGUACUUUGAUGCCAAAGAGCUUGAGGUGCUUUUAUGUGGAAUGCAAGAGAUUGACUUGACUGAUUGGCAAAGACAUACAAUCUACCGGCAUUAUACCAGGACAAGCAAGCAAAUCGUGUGGUUUUGGCAGUUUGUGAAGGAAAUAGAUAAUGAGAAGAGAAUGAGAUUACUUCAGUUUGUUACUGGAACAUGCCGAUUGCCAGUUGGUGGAUUUUCUGACCUCAUGGGGAGUAAUGGACCCCAAAAAUUCUGUAUUGAAAAAGUUGGUAAAGAAAACUGGUUGCCUAGAAGCCAUACAUGUUUCAAUCGCUUGGAUUUGCCACCGUACAAGAGUUAUGAACAGCUAAAGGAAAAGUUAUUGUUUGCAAUUGAAGAAACUGAAGGAUUUGGACAAGAGUAACUUUUUAUGGGAUUUGUACCAGAAGAACAUAAAUUCAUAUAGGGUGUGAGUUCUUCACUGCCUCUACUAGUUGCACUUCUUACUAUAAACAGGACUUGAUCUUGAUUUAUUUAAACAAAUGUUAGUAUGUAAGUAAAUGGAUGUUGCUCUGCCAUUUUAUUCCUACUAUUUUUUUAAUUUCUUCUGAGUCCUUUUCAGGAAUCCAAAAUGAUAAUCUAUAAAUGAAAUCUUCCUUGACCAGAGGCUUAUUACACUUCUGGAGCUGUGUCUUGCAUCAUGUUCAUUAACUGGAAUGCGUUGUUUUCUCUUUUCUUUUUCUAAAACGACUCCUUUCUGUUCCUGUUUUAGUAGCAAAGUAUUGCUACUGAGGAACCAGGAAGUCCACUGGUAGCUGCAGCAUUGCAGCAGUCUUUUUCUAACAGCACUUGCUUGCGUUCAGACUCUGGGGGUGCUAAAAGCAUUUCCAUUGCUUGCAUUAUGUGUUCCUUACCCAAUGAGGCUUGACUGUUUCCACUCUCCCAAAGCUUAUCCCAAAGUCAUCUCUGUUCAAACAGAGCGGAGGGAUACGUAGAGCUUAAUGAACGCAUCCAUAGCAUAGCACUUUUAUUUAUUUUUACCACUCUGAUCACAUUCCUCAGGUUAUUCCUCCAUCUGAGGGUACCUCUUCAAAUUUGCAGGAAUUUUAACCCAUUUUCAACUAGUGCAUACUUAGUUUAAUGUUUAUGAUGGUAUUCUAAUAGUAAAUUUGAAAGAUAAUUCUUUCAGGAGGAAAGAACUGGAAUUUAUUUCCAGUCCUAUUUGUAGGUUGAGUUUAAAACUAUACAAAUGGCCAUUAAGUUUCACUUAACUGUCAACUCUAAUUCUCCUCUAGAUGAGGGAGUAUCGCUUACUAUUUCCCAGUAGUGGUCUAACCAUCACUACAAAACUGCCUCAUGGAUAUAUCUGUGCACGUGUAUUUGUGAGUAAACCUCAUUGAACACAGUGAAACUUACUUCUGAAUAAACAAGCAUAGGAUUCUGCUGUAAGGAACUGAGGCAUUAAAGUUACAUUCCUGCAUAUUUCCAGAUACUGUAUUAAAUAAUUCAUUAACUCUUUUUAGAGGGUGGAAAUUGUACAUUGUUAUGAUUUUGGAGUGUUGAGCAGCUCUAACAACUUAGGCAGCAUUUGGUUUUAAAUCUAAUUUGAAGUUCAAUUAUUAUCAUUUUUAUAAUGUCCAUUGAAGCUGGUAAUAGUAGUUAAAACUACCCUCCCAAUUUUUUAACAAAAGCACUUAGUUCUUUUGCCCAGCUUUGCUACCUUGCAUCUUUUCCUCCAGGAUGUCAAAAUUCUGUGAUAUGCAUGCUGCUCUGGAACUCAGUAGAAGAGGUGGUGACAUUUUCAAAAAUCAAUAAUGCAUGUUGAUAAUUAUAUACUUGUAUUGUCCUACUGCGUGAGAAGAGCAGAGUCCUUUGAGAAUUAGCUAGCAUAGUCAAAGAUCAAACCAAUUGGCCAGUAAGAUAAGUAUUACAUAUCUACCCAUCCAGACUCUAAGAAUGAAUUAAUUCAGGGCUAUUGAAUGCUUAUGGGCUUAACCAUUUUUAUAAGUGACUUUUUUUUAACUCUCCUUUAAAAAAUAUAAAUAGCCCACUUUUCUUCAGUUUUUGUUUCUAAGAAUUAUGAACAAUUUUGUUUUCCUCCCCUUCAAUGUACAUUCAAAGGAAUAUACACAGAAUUUUUUCUUACACAAAUGACCUACUUCUUGGAUGGAGAAGGUCAUAUGUUGAUUCUGGAGAUAAAUCUAUCUUUGGCACUUACCAGAAUACCUAAAGUGUAUAUUAAAAAUCUAGAUUUUGGAGGAGAAAAAGCCUUAGAAUUCUUUGUUUAUUUGUUUUAAUAACAUUUAAUUAUUGAACAUUUACAAUACAGAAGUGAAAUUGAGGUAACAAGUAUGGAAUAUAGUUGAUGCUCUACACAAUGUUUUAUUAUUCAUCUAGUGACCUAGGAAUAUUGUUAAUGUAUAAAUAUACAAAAGGCUUUCUGCCCUAUAUUUUUAAAAUAAAGGAUAGCUCUAAUUAAAAUAGCUGAGGCCCUAGUUCUAUAGGGCAUGGCUGUUUAAUAUUUUUAUGGCUCAGAUGUUUAGUUCAGGAAAAAGUAAAUGCCUGUUUAUAUUUUUGCAGUCUGGGAAAGUCUAGCUUAUUCAAUAUCUUUUAAUUUAAAUAGCUUUUUUGUUUGUCUUUACUGCUGUAUUACAGGGGAAGUGGGGGCUGGAUAUCCCAAGCACAAGAAAGUAUUUUAAACAGUCAAAUGGGGAAUAUUUAACAAUUGGGUAUAUUUAACAAAUGGAGUCUUGACCAUGAAUAUUUGUUAAAACAUUUAUUGUAAGCAUUGUGCUAGCAAUAUUUCUAAAAUCAGAAUGAAAAGUCACUUUUAAGGUCCCUUUGCAUUGUAAUUUUUAAAUUCUGUUCUUAUGCCUUGUUAUGUUGCAAUAAUAAAAGUCAUUUGAGCAAUUUGCAUCUCC